UAGGUCCGCAGGAGCAGUCUCCCAUGGAAGCAUGGAAAAUGAAAGAGUAAAGCAAGGAAAAAAAGAAAAGUGACCACAGCUUAAAAAAUUCUAAACUCAAACUCAAACCUAAAACCCAAACGCACCCCAACUGGGUUGUGGGAAAGGAUUCUACUAACAGUUGAAAAUGGAACAUCCACCACUGGACUUCAGGCUGUGAGAGUUCAGUCUGAUUAAUUAAGGUCAAGGUGGUGAUGGAAAUACCAGCUGGGGAGCAUUUUGCCGAAAGAUAAAUUUGUCCCUCUGUGUUUCUGCGAGACAGCAGGGAGGUGUGUGUUUGGAGCUAAAUUAAUUUGAUUUACAUCAUGCCAUGGUAACUUCUGUUCUCUCCCCACCCCCACCCCCCACCCGCUGUCAGAUGUCUUAGCUGGCUUUUUCCCUCUCCUUGUUCACCCCCACACAUUUCAUAACACGGAAAGAAAGUACGAAUUGGCUUCAGGCAGAAUUUAGAUAUAGAAUAACUCUAAUUUGAUUAUUCUGCAUUGAGUGCUAUUCUCUUCUCCCCAAUCCCUUCUUUCUUGAGAGAGAGAGAGAAGUUGUAAACCCGGGCUUAAGUGCUAUUUAUUUUUAUAUUGUGCUUAACGGUACAAACUGCUUGACUGUUCCUUGUAUGCUCACCUACCCUCCUCCUGUGUUUCUCCAACAACACUAAUAACAGAAAAUGAAGCUAUGGCCCGGGAUCCCGUUAGGAAUGCGCUUUUUCUGGCCUGUAUCUUUCAGCUCCGUCAGGCUUUGGAAGCCAGAGCGGAGGGCACCUCUUGAGGGACCCUGCACAACCGGGCCCUGGCACCUCCGGAGCGACGGAGAGGGCGCCCUGUUACCGCGCUCAGCCCACCACCCUUCCAGCGGCGGGGCGCGCUCGGCAGGACAGGAUAAGGUUACGCCGAGGCUUCCUCGGUCGGGAGGGAGGGAGGCGGGUCUGAGCCCGCGCCCCGGCCCGCGGGGGAGUUCCCACAGUUGGCCGCUCCGGCCUGCGGGGCUACAUCCCUGCUGCCGGUCAGGCGCGGCCCGCGGGACCCCAAGGGUAGCGCCAUGGCCCGGGAGAGGCCUCCCGGGAGGGGCUGCGGCACCCUGCGCCGGUGUCUACUCGGGGCCGCGCUGUUGCUCGGCCUGCGGCUGUGCGCGGAGCUGCGGCGCGCCGGGCCCGGGUACCCAGCCCGCAGCGCUCUGCCGGGCCCGGCCUGGCGGCCACCUGGGCCGCACCUGCAGCCUGCGCCGGGCUCGCCGCGUGGCGCCAGCAGGAGGCAGGUGACCUACGUGCGCAGUGGGCGCCGGGCGCCGCCGGGGGGCGGCGGGAGCGGGACGCCGGAGCCUGGCUGCUGUGCCCCGCGCGGGCGCCCCCGCCGGAAGGGUCCGCGGUGGCAUAUAGAUCUCCAGCCUUGGGCAGGCCCUGCUCAGUCCCUGGAUGAAGAAGCCUGGAGGUUCCUGAGAUAUAUCAGCACCACCCAGAUUGCAUGCAAUCACAUGAAUACAGACAGCCUGGCUACUGACUCUAGUCCUACACACAAGCCCUGGUCAGUGUGUCUUGACGACAGGUUCAAUUUAGCUCAUCAAAUCCGCAACAAGCAGUGCCGCCUCUACUCCUUAGGGCUGGGAAGUGAUGAUACCCAUUUUGAGGUCAGCAUGGCUAACAAUGGAUGUGAAGUGCAUCGUUUUGAUCCUAGUGUCAAGUCAGCUCACAUUCUGGAGAGUCAGCACCUUUGGUAUCACCGCUUGUCGAUUGACUGGCGGGAUCCCCAUCCAGCUGUUGCUGCCCAAAAACCACAUAGCAACACCAGAAAACUGGGAAGCAUUUUGAAUGAAUUUGGGCAUCACAAGAUUGACGUUCUCAAGGCAGAUCUGGAAAGUGCAGAAUGGAAAGUUUUGGAAAAUCUUAUUCUGGAAGAUGUUCUUGAGCGGAUUGGACAGCUCAUCUUUGAGAUCCAUCUCCACUGGCCUGGGUUUGAGGUCAGUGGCAGUGACAGCAGCGUCGUGAGGUUCUGGUACAGCCUUCUCAAAGAGUUAGAACAAAAGGAUUUCAGACUUUUUCACAGUUAUAAAGAUUUAUCUAAACCUCAGCUAUUCUUGAAGAAAGACAUUUUCAAUGCAAGUAGCUGUUACACUCUGAGUUGGGUGAAUACAAGAUGGAAAUAGGAUGCAGGAUGUCAUCAAGAGCACAAGAAAAUAUUUGAAGAAUGGAGCAUGUCUGCGAUUCUAAUCAUGAGUUUACUCAUCCAGUCUCCCGCUAGCCUGUGCCCUGCUUGAGGCAGGGAGUGUGUUAUUGCCUUUGCAGUGCAUGCAGCCUGGUGCUUGGCAUGUGAUAGGGGCACAGUUAAUACUUGUUAAAGGGAUGAACACAGUCACCCCUAUUUGCCCAGACUCUUCCUUCACCGUAACCUGGAAGAUUAUCCCCCAUUCAUCUCAGUUUUCCCUAAAAUUCUCUGUGUAUCUGUAAUCUAUGAAUUCACCAACAUUGAAAUGAAAUUAUAUACAUUUCCUUUUUUACUAGGUUGGUGAGAUUUUUAAGUUCUUCGCCUAAUGUUUAAAAUAGGGUUUUAAAUUUGAAUUUGACUCUGCUUUUUCAAGAUUUUUCUUAUUUACCUUGUCAGUGAUAUUCUUUACAACAUUGUUGAUUUCAGUCAUUCCUUCUCAGCCUUUGCUGAGGCCAUGCUGUGGCUUUAUAAGCAGCAAUACUUCUGAUUUCUGGGAACUCGGAUGCACCAAAUUCUGUCACUGAGUUAAAGAGACUAGACUAUCAAGAGUUUCAACUCGAAGGUGUAAGUUCCAGUUCGAGACCAAGUCUGAAGGCAGGAGACCCAUGUCCCAGCUUGAAGACAGCCAGACAGAAUGAAUUCUUCCUUACUCUGCCUUAGGUUCUAUUUAGGCCUUCAAGUGGUUGCAUGAGGUCCACUCACACUGAGGUGAAGAAUCUGCUUUAUUCAGUCUACUGAUUUAAAUAUUAAUCUCAUCUAGAAAUAUCCUCAUAGAUAUACCUAGAAUAAUGUUUAACUAAAGAUCUGGACACCCUUUAGUCCAGUUAAGAUGACACAUAAAAUUAACCAUUGUAGGUAGGUAGGUAGAUGGAUAGAUAGAUAGAUAGAUAGAUAGAUAGGUUUUCCUACUGGCAUGUUUCACCAUUUUCUUGACUCACAUAUUCUUGUUUCCACCUGGCUCCUUCAGUCUGUGCUCUCCUCGCUGAAGUAAGUCCUUUAAUGCUUACUUCAUUAUGAGUCCAUGAGUGAUAUGGUUUGGCUAUGUCCCCAACCAAAUCUCAUCUUGAAUUGUAGUUCCCAUAAUCCCCACAUUAUGUGGGAAGGACCUGGUGAGAGGUAAUUGAAUCAUGGGAGUGGUUUCCCCCAUGCUAUUCUCGUGAUACUAAGUUCUCAUAAGAUCUGAUGGUUUUAUAAGGGGCAUCCCCCUUCACUUGGCUCUCAUUCUUCUCCUUCCUGCUGCCGUGUGAAGAAGGAUGUGUUUGCUUCCCCUUCCACCAUGACUGUUUCCUGAGGCCUCCCCAGCCAUGCUAAACUGUGAGUCAAUUCAAUUUCUUUCCUUUAUAAAUUACUCAGUCUCAGGUAUAUCUUCAUAGCAGUGUGAGAAUGGACUAAUACAGUGGGUAUUACACUUUUUAGAUUUUACAUAUUUGAAAAAGCACUUGCUUUUCAUACCUGAAUAAAGUUUAUUUGUGCACAGGCAAAAAAAAAAGAGCUUCAACUCAAGAUGUUUUUUAUACUCAACCUUAAUUCCCCUUCACUUCCUAUUAAACUAAGCACAGAGCAGGAUCUGGGUAUCUUUGCUCUUGCCUCUUCUGCCUUCAAACGUGAUUUUUCCACCCACAGACUUGCCUAUGCUGUCAAAUCUUUUUUUAAAAAUACGUUAUGUCUAAUAAUGUUAAGUGCAUUUUUCUUUACUCCCAGUUGGCAUCACUUACACAACUGUGGCCUGAGGACCAUCGUCUCAUUUUCCUAGGAUAGUUAGACAGUUUUUCAAUAGCACCAAUCCUUUCUACAUUAAAAAUUAAAUGGAAAGUUUAGGUUAUCAGUGGUUCAAAUGCUCUCUCUCAUUACUAUUUACAGGAUUAAUUUUCCAAAAUCCUAUUUCAAAUAAAUAGCAUAAAAAACAAAUUAUUACUUUAUUGUCAAUUAAAUAUAUUUUUUGGCAUUUUUA